AUGAAGAUCACCGGCGGCGGCAGGGCUGAGCUCCAGGAGGGUCAAUCUUCGAGAAAGUUGAACCCUUUUCAAACUUCAGAUCUUCUCCUUGGGAAGCCCGUCAAGUCAGUGGUAAAGCCGCCUCGCCGGAAAAGUAAGGGUUCCGGCAAUGGAAUGCGGUUGAAGAAGGACUUAGCGGGGAAGAAGAGUAGCAGACCGGAGACGCCUUUGCUCCGAUGGAAGUUUGACGAAGGGAGGGAUGACGAAAAUGAGGUCAGUAAGGUUGAGGAGGAGAAGUUAUCGCCGGAGGAGGGUGCCCGGAGAAAUGGCCGGAAAGUUAGAGCUUUGGUGUCUUCCAGGAAGCUUGCUGCUGAGCUAUGGAGAAUGCAGCUGCCGGCGGUGCCCGCAGACGGCGGUGAAAAGUUAGGGUUUCAGUCUGCAGAUAAGUACGUUGGGGUCCGCUUUCAUGGCCAACCUAAGUGCAAAGUUCAUGAUUUAGCAGCUAAGGAUUUGGUUUGGAGUCCCCAAUCCGUUAAUGGUCCAAGAAACGGAUAUUUGUCUAAGGUUGAGACCUCGUUGCAACUUUCAAAUCCUGCCAUGGAGGGUGCGACAAAGUGGGAUCCUGUUGGCUGGAAAACAUCAAGUGAAGUAGGGCCGAGUUUUGAGAAGCAAAAGCACUCUGAUAAUGAAGCAAGAACUUCGGCGUUGAUAUCUGCUCUUCAGACAGAACUUGAGCAAGCUCGAUCACAAAUUCAUGAGCUUGAAUCGGAGCGAAGGUCAUCAAAAAAGAAACUUGAGCACUUUCUAAAGAAACUCAGUGAAGAAAAGGCUGCAUGGCGUAGUAGGGAACACGAGAAAGUUCGUGCAAUUAUUGAUGAUAUUAAAGCUGACCUGAGCAGAGAAAGGAAAGGUCGCCAAAGAUUGGAAAUUGUUAACUCAAAGUUGGUCAAUGAGUUAGCCGAGGCCAAGUUAACAGCAAAGCGCUAUAUGCAGGACUAUGAGAAAGAACGGAAGGCCCGGGAAUUAAUCGAGGAAGUGUGUGAUGAACUAGCAAAGGAAAUCGGAGAAGACAAAGCUGAAGUUGAAGCAUUGAAGCGGGAAUCCAUGAGACUCAGGGAGGAAGUGGAUGAUGAGAGAAAGAUGUUGCAGAUGGCUGAGGUUUGGCGUGAGGAACGGGUUCAGAUGAAACUAGUGGAUGCUAAGGUUGCUCUUGAAGAGAGGUACAAGGAAAUGAACCGGUUAAUCGCGGAUCUCGAGUCUUUUAUGAGUUCAAGAGGUGCCAUACAAAAUUCCGAGGAUAUGAGAGUGGCAGAGAUCCUUAGACAGGCAGCCACCUCUGUGAAUAUCCAGGAUAUCAGGGAAUUUACUUAUGAGCCCCCGAAUUCAGAUGAUAUCUUCUCUGUAUUUGAAGACGUGAAUUUUGGCGAUCCCAGUGAGAGACAAAUUGAACAGUGUGUUGCAUAUAGUCCUGCUAGCCAUGCGACGAAAAUUCAUACUGUAAGUCCUGAAGCUAAUAAUCUGUUUAAUAAAGACAGACAUGCUAGUGCUUAUGUGGAUCGGAGUGGCACUUUAGAAGAGGAGGGAAGUGAAUGGGAAACUGUGAGCCAUCCCGGGGAUCAGGACUCUAGUUACUCACCAGACGGAAGCGAUCCAUCGGUCAGUAAACAUCACAGAGACAGCAAUGUCUCCUUAAGUGGUACGGAAUGGGAAGGAAAUGCAUGUGAAGGAACUCCAAUAACAGAAAUUAGCGAAGUCUGUCACGUACCCGCUCGCCAACAACUGAAGAAGGUCUCUUCGAUAUCAAGGCUCUGGAGAUCGUAUCCAAGCAAUGGCGAUGAUUACAAGAUCAUUUCCGUCGAUGGAUUGAAAGGAAGACUUUCCAAUGGACGGCUUUCAAAUGGCGUUUCGGUAUCUCCCGACCAUGGUUCAGGUAAAGGAGGGCUCAGUCCACCGGAUUUAGCUGGUGAGUGGAGUUCGCCUGAAUCAGGAAAUCCUCACAUAACGAGAGGCAUGAAGGGUUGCAUCGAAUGGCCACGCGGCGGACAAAAGCACAGUCUCAAAUCGAAACUGCUGGAGGCCAGGAUGGAAAGUCAGAAAGUCCAGUUGAAGCAUGUUUUGAAGCAGAAGAUAUAG